CAGAGAUCUGCUACACUCCGACUAGGAGUUUUUCGGCGUAAGCAACACUGGCAGCGAUGCUCUGGUCAGGCUUUACAGCAGGCAUCCGACGAGAUUCGCGACGGAUUUUGUAGCGUCGAUGGUCAAGAUGGGGAAUCUAGGGCCGCUUACUGGACUAAUGGUGAAAUCAGAACGAACUGCCGCAAGAUUAAUGAAUUUUAA